UCCCUCCUUCAGCCCAGGACCACUCCUUAUAAAGCAGGCAGCCCACAGGGCCGUUCUUCAGGGCCGCAGCAUCGACAGGACCUACUGUGGGCCGGCCACUGCGCGGGUGGCCCUCGCGGCUCUUCCCUUGGCUGCUUCUCACCACUUGAAGCAGCCGUGGCCCAGCCUGCUUUGAAGGGCGGGGCCUGCCAACGGGGAGCUGGCUUUCACGGUUCCUCACCCAGAUGUGUGCUCAGCAGAUGUCUUGGACCCUGGUGUGGCCCCAGGACCUUGGGAAUCAGAGUCUCUGGCGGGGGUGGGGGAACAUGUUUAAAAUGCUCAUCCCCAGGCCCCAACCCAAACCUGAGGAAUCAGCAUUGCUGGGAGUGCUUGUCCCUUUUAUUUAAAAUCAUAAAAUGUACACAUGGGUAUGACACAGAAGUGUAGUGUAAAGAAUAAUGAAAAGCGAGCACCCUUGUAACCACCCUGGUUAAGAAACAGAACAUUGCAGUCCUUAGAAGUUCCCUGCAGAUUCAUCUCAAAUUGUGUCCCCUCCCUCCUCCACCCAGAGGUAGCCACCAUCCUGACUUUUUGGAUGAUUAGUCUCUUGGUUUUCUUUGUGGUGUUACCAGCUUGACUAUAUCACUACACAAUAAAGGUGAUUUUCUCCUGUUCUUGAAUUUCAUAUAAAUGGAAUCUUCUAGGGUGUGCUCUUCUCUGUCCAGCUUUUUUCACUUCAUACCAAGUUUUUGAGAUCCAUCCAUUGUGUUGUGUGUCACAGCAGUACAUUCUUUUUUUACUGCUGUGUAGUAUUCUAUUGCACAAAUGUGCCACAAUUUUUAUUCAUCUCUUCGUCCUGUUGAUGGACUUCCAGGUUGUUUCUAGUUUUUGACUCUUAUGGAAAAUGCUGCUGUGAAUAUUCUUGGACGUGUCUUCUGGGAGCCAGGUGCACACAUUUCUGUGGCGUAUGUAUCUUCAAGUGGACUUGCUGGGCUGUAAGUUUUCCCAGGAAUGUGGUGACCUCCAGAAAGGAGCCCUAUGCUGGCAUCCAUCACCAGUGACAAGAGGAAGGGAUGAUCCGGCGCCUCAAGGACGGCAACACCAGAUGGUCAGAUUCCUAGACCCGCCUCUUUCAGCCCGUUGCUCCAUAUAACUGCUUCACAAUUUUAGUAGUUUUAAGAUGGUUCUUUAGGACACUAGUCCGCCAUCUUCCCCCUUGCUGGCAAGCUGUAAUAAAAGAUCCCUUCCCUCCUACCACCUUGCCUCUAGACUGUUGGCUUGUCUCCAUGGCGAGUAGAGGACCCCUAUUUGGCAGUGACAAGUUUGGUGACCCAGAUGGGACUACAACUCCUGCUCGUGGCUAGUCAGCCUUGGACGGGCAAUCUGACAGCUAAGUCCCUAGCAGCUGCCGAGGCUUUUUGUCUCGGGGACUUGCUUUUCCUGCUUUCCUGUACCAACACCGGCUGCCUCCUUACGCUGACUGUGGUCAAGAGAGAAACGCCUACCUCUGAGGAGUCCACAGGGCUCCAUCAGGAAUUCGUUUGCCUCUAACAGGUCAGCUUACCCGUCUGAUGUGCCCCUCCAUCCUUUCCGUCCCGGUGACCACGUACUGCUGAUGACCUGGAGGGAACAAGGACCUGAGAAUCAACUGGCUGCUAGAUGGACGGGCCCCUUUGACAUACUGCUGACCACACACUCACCUGUCAAGCUCGCUGGAAUAAAGCCAUGGGUACAUCACUCUCGGAUAAAGGCGGCUCCACCCUUAUAGGAAAGUACACCUUGUAACCAAAGGGAUACUUGGCAAGUGGAGCCCCUUAAGGAGUUAAAAUAUGUAUUCAAGAAAAAACCUUAGCUUUUUACAUUUGCUUUCUCUCCUUGCUAUCCGUGUAGCCUGGAAAAACAAUGCUUUGUUCCGUAUCGCUCAGGCUAUUGCAUCCUCUACCAAUGCCACUAACUGCUGGAUUUGUCAUGCCAAGCCCUCUUCUGUCUUUGAAAAUGGGGAUCCAUUGGUCCACCCCAUAGAUAAUUAUUCCCAGGUUCCUCCAGGCUGGACCCAAGAGGGCUAUAACCAAAAGGGUGAUAUACCGGGUUAGAAUAGCCCAAUUCUCCACUGGAAGGCAGGGGGCUCUUCCCUGCCUCCCUAUACCCUUAAAAAAAAAAACAACACAAGUAUGUUAUGCCCUCUCCAGAAAACAAUACAUUGCCCAUAUGUACAACUUCCCCGAUUGAAAUCCCUGCAUAUGGAUUUGGUCCACAAGAAUUAAAAAAAUUCCUUGCUGUUAUUUUCAAAUAAAAGCGCUCACCCAUGAACUCGGGUAUCAGACACUAAGGCUCCCCAGAUAAUUCAACAAAAGAGGAUGCUCCCCGUGAUACGUGGCAACAAUGUUACUCUAUAUUGUGCCUUAACCUCUACUUCCCCGGUGGGCCCUGUUAACUCGUUUAGAGACACUGAAAUGGGCCGUGAGCUAUUUUUCCAUUUUAAUGGGCGCCCUUUCCCUCAGGUCAUAAAUGUCGCAGACACCACUAAAAAAAAUAAUUUGGACUUUUCAAUCUGUAUUGACAAUGUCACCUCCCUGGAUGCUGGGUUUUAUUUCUGUAUAAAGUUUCAGAAGGGCAACCCAGACAUCAUGAUUAAAUCUGGCAUAGGUGCCCAGCUUGUAGAUACGAAACUUUCCUCUUCUAUAGUCCAAAUCACCCCUGGAGAACCUACAGACUCAAAUUUUCCGGGCCACAACUGGGUGGAAAAGACGACACUGGCUAUCAACAUAGAUACUGACCACAUGUAUUGUCCCCCUGAAGGAUAUAUAUCCAUUUAUAGUCAUAAUGGAAUACCUUGGGCACACAACUGCCUGCGGCGUCCUAUAGACUCAGGGCAAUGUUUAUUGGGCACCUUAAUAAUACUCUUCAAUUUAUAUUCCAACGAAGAAACAAAACAUUGGAUAACUCCCCUAAAACUGCUCCCUAGAGUCAGCCAAGAUUUGCCUGGUGGAAUUCCCGAUGGGGAUGCUCAUUUCUUUGGGUACAGCCUGUUACCUUGGUGGGGAGUUGCAGCCCACCAACAUGUCCUUCAAAACUUAUCUCGUACUCUUGAAAUGAUAGCUAGUGAAACUGCUAACUCGCUUACUAAUUUACAGACCUCUCUUGCCUCUUUAGGCCAAGUAGUCUUGGAUAACAGAAUAGCUCUGGAUUACACCUUUGCAGAACAAGGAGGUGUAUGUCUGGCGGCUAACACCACCUGCUGCACUUAUAUCAAUACAUCCUCCCAAGUAGAAACCAGUAUUAAUAAAAUAAGAGAACAAGUCGCUUCGAUGCAGACGACAUUAAAUCAGCAAACCCCUCUCCUGUCAGGUGACUGGUUUUCUAACUUUUUUUCCUGGGUACCGGCAGGAAUUCAGUCCAUUCUUGUGGGAAUCAUAAAAGGCGGCCUAACAUUAACAUUAACAGGUUUACUAAUAUACAUGGCCGUUAAAAGUGAAAUAAAAUGUAUAUCCACCUUAACCACCAAGGCUUCCAAAUCAAUAGCACGGCAGGUCCCCCUCCAGCACCCUCCGGCUCGUUUUAAAAAGAGAGUAAAUCUCUUCCAUGCCAUGGUCCCCUCACACCGCGCCACUUCAGCAGGAAGUAGCCAGACUGGACACGAUGGCCCUGUUCCCUAUGCCAGCAUAUGAUUAUGCCGGGGGUGCAUUUGACAGGGGGGAAUUGUUAGUUCUGCUUCAGUAGCUAUGAUAGAUAUGUAGUCACAGGUUAGCAUAAGGGAAGCCAUCUUGUAGAAGGGAAUCAUGUUGGAGCUAUAAAUAACCCUGAUCCACAAGGCACCCCUUUGUUGAGUCUGCAAUGCUUUAGUUUACACGUAGCCUGGAUACGUCCACACCUGCUUGUGAGCAACAUGCAUGCUCUGCUACUUUCCCAGCCUCAGCUUACACAUAAACCUCCUUACUGUGAUAAGACAGUAACUUUUUGUUCAAGUUUUCCCAGGAAUGUAAUGACCUUCAGAAAGGAGCCCCUAUGCUGGUAUCCGUUGCCGGGGACAAGAAAAAGGGAUGAUCCGGCGUCUCAAGGACUACAACCACAACAACAUUCCGAAAUCCCCCCUUUCAGCCCAUUUGCCCUAUAUAACUGUUUCAAAAGUUUGUAGUUUUAUGAUGGUUCUUUACGGACACUAGUCCGCCAUCUUCCCCCUUGCUAGCAAGCUGUAAUAAUAAUAAAAGACCCCUUCUCUCCUA